UGGGGGGGGGGGGGGUUCAAGGGUGAGGUGGAGCAAGCUGAUCGCAGGAGUCAAAUAAAAAGGUGUAGGGGUCUUCAUGUGUUCACCAUUUGAGACAUCAGGCUACAAGAUGACUAUGUCGUGCACCGGGAGUCUGAGUAGGAGGAGCUCCAGGCGGCCCAGCGGCGCGUUCGUGUGUAAGCUUAUGGUUCUCAUGCUACUGCACUCCUGUCCUCUCUCUCAAGCUCAAUUCCUUGAUACCGAAUUAGAGGAGGAACUGAGCCCCAGAGCCCUGCGUGAUUUUUACCCAAAAGGUCCGAACCUGACAAGUGAGAAGCAACUGCUUGGAGCUCUCAAGGAAGUUCUUGAAAAGCUGCAGGCUAAACGACUGCCGUUGUGGGAGAAGAAAUUCGGCCAAGUUCCGACGUGUGACAUUGGGGAACAGUGUGCGGUUAGGAAAGGAGCUCGGAUCGGGAAGAUGUGCGACUGUCCCCGGGGAGCUUUCUGCAACUUUUUCCUGCUUAAGUGUUUAUAAAGCAUUCAUCACAGGCAAAUGUACACUAAUAUGUGGGUCUACUGUAUAUAUAACAUGUAUAUCACAAUGGAAUCAUAGCAGAUAGAUCUUUUCCUUUCGGCUUGUCCUGUUAGGGGUCGCCACAGCGUGUCAUCUUGGAUUUUGUUACGAAUAUAUUGACCUUUAUGAUGAUGAUUUAUGAACAUAGACAGUAAAUAUAAAUUCUGCUAGGUAUUAAGUUAAUAAUGCUCCGCUUUGAUUGAGACUGUCAUUACAUUACAUUGCAUACAAGUGGCCAUAUUGAUGUGGUAGGUUUGUAUGAUUAUAAACCAGUGUGGUUUAAUGAGCGCUUGCAUAUACUCAUGUAGAAUUGUGACAUUAAAUAGUUGCGCAAU